AUGCCUUCCCCUCGACGCCUGCGCCUCCUCAUGCUCGCCGCCGCCCUCGCCGUCUUCCUCAUCAUCUACUACUCCUCCGGCCUCGACUCGGGCAGCAGGGAUGCCAGCUUCUAUCACAAGACGGUCAAAGGCAUGAACAAGGCGAAAGAAGCUCGAGGGCAAGUCGUCGUCGACGCCAAAACGGGCGCCAAGGCGGGCCAUAUCCCCGCCGACAAGGACGCCGACGGCGACGUCGAUGCCGACGACGACGAGGUCGCCGCCCAGACGAGGGAGCGGCUCAAGCAGGCAGAGAAGAAGGCCAAGGAUAACGCAAACGAGAAAGCGCUGCGGCCUGAUCCCCCGAGCGAGGUCGUCGGCAAGGGCAAUUCGGCCGAGGGGCAGGUGAAGAAGCGAAAGGGCGACGCCGACGCCAAUGCCAAAUCCAAGGCGGUGCCGGAGAAGAGCAAGGAGGAGCACGAUGCCGAGUUGGAGCUGAACAAUAUUCUCCAGCAGGCGCCAGUCGUCAUCUUCUCCAAGUCGUACUGCCCCUUCUCCAAGCGCGCCAAGGGCGUCCUCCUCGAAAAAUAUACCAUUAAUCCGCCCCCCCACGUUGUCGAGCUCGACGAGCACCCGCUUGGCCGAGCGAUCCAGAAUCAGCUCUUCGAGAUGACGGGCCGCAGGACGGUGCCCAACGUCAUGAUCAACGGGGUGAGCAUAGGCGGCGGCGACGACAUUGUUCAGCUCGACGACGCCGAUACGCUCGCGGCCAAGAUCCGCGAGCUCGGCAGCGACCGCGUCUCGGCCGCCGAGCGCUUCGUCGCGGCCAACGCCCACGCCGCUGGUGCAUAA